UGCACCUGAGUGCUUGUACAGAGACGAAUACAAGUGAAUGUAGCUGAGGGUUCUAAGUCCUAGCUGGUUGUGGUGAUGUAUGGUUGUGGUGAUGUAUGAAUCGUGUUAUAUGAGGCUUGUUCGAUAUCGUCCUCAGCGUCCCCUUUUAUAGUUCCAAGAGGAGGCCUAGGUUACAGGGUAUAGGUGUUUCAAUGGGCCUCGAUAGGGGUAUGGCGCCGACCUACUCGAGGCCUCCGUACCGGCGUGGCCUCGAGCCGUCUUGUUACAGGGUACUCUGGCGAUGAUGGCGCGUGCGUUCCCUGGCCUCAUCUCCUGUGCAUCGUCUGGUAUUGGCUUGGGCACGAGCACGCUUGUACGUCGUGACAGUCGUCAUGUCUGGAGUGGUUGAAGUGCUGACUUCUAUCGCUCGAUCCUUCGUGGGAAGGAGCGUGCCUGCUUGAGGGUCAUGCGGCACGAGUGGCUUUGUUAUGUAGGAGCGCUGACCGAGGCAAGCUGAUCGAGGACCUGCGGGUCGAGAAGACGGAGCUGGCCCGCUCCUACAAGAUGAUCGAGAAGUUUAACACCAACUUGGUCAGUGAGAAUACGACUCUUGAGGAGAAAAUCCGUGGGCUUAAGGAUGAUCUGCUGGCAGCUCAGGUCGACUCCCAAUCUCUUAAGGCGCAGCUCGAGGCGGAGGUCGUGUUGACUGGUCGGCUGAGAACAGCAAUCAACGACCUCUUGACCUCUUGGGAGCUCGAGCAUGCGAACGAGGCGGGGGAGGCGGCUCGAGGCGACGCUCUAGUCGACCAGCUAUGCUACUUAGGCGCUGCUGUGAGGGACCGAGUGCGGGAUGCACUCCACAUUGGGGUGAAGCGAGCUAUGGCCGUCGUCUGCUCGGGCUUCUCCUACGAUAUGGAGGUGGUGUCCCACGGCUUCGUCACCGAUAUCUCCAAGACUGACGUAGAGAACGAGAAGAGGCUCGACUCCUUGAUUGAUGAAGCGGAGGGACCUGGCGAGAGGUUGGCGAAGCUGUUCGAGCCAGAGGUGCUUCCUCCAGAGGCUGGUGCGGACGCAGAAGAUGAGGAUGGUGGAGAUGAUGACCAAGGCCUGUGAGCCUAGUCUGGGUACUUAGACCCAUUGUAAUAUAUUUAGUAUUUAUCUUUUGAA